AUAUACAUCAUAUGGAUACCAUUCGACAACAAGUACGACGACGUUUACCACCAAAAGCUACUAUAAAAAUUCUUCGUAAAGUAUUUACACUUCCAGCUCCUGCUGCCCGUUUGGUCUUGGACGACAUUACAAAACCUCGAAAAUCUCAUAGGUCUUGGUAUAAGAAAGUACCUUGGAAUCAAGAAUGGACUGGUUGUUGGAUUGGUGAAAAUAUUCAAAAAGUGGAUGAUAAAGGUUUAGCUGAACGUAUUGAAAAAGCUGAUAUCAUCAUUUUCAAUGUUCAUGGUGGUGGAUUUCGUGUAGGAAGAUGUACUAUGUUUUUGGAUACUUAUAUCAAAUGGAUUCGCGUUCUCAAGGAAAAGUAUGGUGUUACUGUAUUGAUCAUGUCUGUAGAUUAUAGAUUGGCACCCGAGUACAAAUUCCCAAGUCCAGUAGAAGAUGUAGUACGAGCCUAUGAAUGUUUGAUCAAAACACAUAAAGUGGAUGGUUCCAAGAUUAUUGCUAUUGGUGAUUCAAAUGGUUCUUCUCUCAUUUUGGAAAUGUUAUUUAUUACCCACGAUCCAAGUAUGUUUGAAAUUGUGACAGAUGAUCCUGAAGGUGAAGCUGAAGGCGGAGCUCCUAUCUUGACGGAAUUACCAAGACCAGCUGGAACAGUAUUGAUCUCUCCUUUGGUAACAGAAGAAACAACAUCUCAAUCUUGGAAAGAAAAUGUAAAAUAUGAUUAUGUUUCACAACAUACAGCAAAAUUGAUCAAAAAAGAUUAUUUCCAUCCUUUGGAACCUAAUGCACCUCCUGAUGCUCAACAUGUACUUGGUAUUAUGCGAUUACAAACUGGAUUUCAAGCUUUCUUUAGUCCUAGGGUAUUACUUUAUAUUGGACAUAAGGAAGUGAUGCGGGAUGAUGCACUUGAUCUUGGAGCCAAGGCCGAACAAGAUGGUGUUGAUAUUGAAAUUGUAAUGGAAGAUUGUGUACAUGAUUGGUUUUGUGUUAGAGAAGUGGUGAAGGAUAAAUCUAUCUUGGAUAGGGCUGAUAAGAUCUUUGCUGAUUUUUGUUAUCGAUCUGUCUUUUUACGUGAUGGCGGAAACAAUUAUGACAAUAAAUCAUCUGUACGACGAUCAAGUGACGGACUUCAUGCUGUACCUGAAAUGGAUGAAGAUGCUGAAGAUGAAUUCCAUGAAGCAAUGACUGAAUAUACUGAUAUGGGCUCCACUGUUUCUACUGCUGUUUAUGAACGACAUAUAUCCAAUUCCAAAGGUACAAAAACAAAGACAUUGACUGUGUUUGUAUAGUAUAGUUUUUUUAUUAUUAUUAUUAUUAUUAUUCUUAUUAUCAUCUUUUAUUCUAUUUUUUUUCCCUAUUUCCUUUGUAU